UGCUGCCAAAACUUGGCAAAAGCUGGGGUUGAGGCAGAGACAACUUGAAAGUUGCAACUAGGGCGCCUUUUGUCUUCAAUGUGGGGAGCUCCUGUAUGAGCAGGUGAAUGACAAGGCCCAUGUUUGGCUGAAGAGACACUCGUAGGAGGCGGCGCGACAUUGCAUUUGGCGCCAGGCAUGCUCUGGCCUGGCGGACUCUGCAAAUGACUGCAGGAAGAAAUGGUCGUUGCACCUAGCCGCAGGAUCUUCAUCAGCACGGCACAGAUCACUUAGAAAAAAUUGCACAAAAGCUGAAGAGCUGAAGAGUGUGUGGACGGGGUUUCAUUUCAAUGGCAAGCUCAGCAGCUCGCUUAGGUGGUCAGAGCACAAGGGCGGGGCUCCUACUCUCCCAGCGUUGUUCAGAAAGAUGUACAACCGAAAGACCUAGGUUUUUGGCACAUUUUGGUAGUGUAGAUAUAGCGCCCCUUUGUCCAAGAGAGAGACUAAAGCGCGUCUCUCAGGGGAGUCAAUGCAGAGAAACCGGAGUAAGGCGGAUCACAUGUGUGGCCACGGAGGCCAGUCCAGAUAUGGAUCUGAAUGUGAUUGAAGAACCGAAAGUGCGGCCAGUCCGCAGGAAAAGGCUCGCGAAAGGGGCUCGGUUCAUUGGGGUUGGGUCAGUGGCACCAACCACCACCUUAUCAAAUGAUGAUCUCUCAGCUUUUGUGGAUACAAACGACGAGUGGAUUGCUACGCGGACUGGGAUCAGGGCAAGGAAGGUGUUGCAAAAGGACGAGAGCCUGACAGCCAUUGCUGCCGAAGCGGGGAAGCGCGCCCUUGAGAUGGCGGGUGUCGCGGCCGAAGACGUUGACCUUGUGUUGCUAUGCACGUCUAGCCCGGACGAUCUCUUUGGGAGUGCCACGCAGAUUCAAAGCGCAAUAGGCGCCAAGGGCGCCGCCUUUGAUUUGACGGCUGCCUGCAGUGGGUUUGUCAUCGGCCUCAUCAAUGCGCGGCAAUGGGUCACUGAUGGCAAGUACCACAACGUCCUUGUAAUUGGCGCGGACGCAUUGUCCCGAUACGUCGAUUGGACGGACCGAGGCACGUGCAUCUUGUUUGGGGACGGGGCAGGAGCGGUCCUCGUUCAGGCUACCGCGGGGGACGACGACCGGCUGCUGGGGUACGACAUUCGCAGCGACGGCGGCGGCUACAAGAGCCUCAAAGCCCCGCUGCAGUGCACAGCCGCCGAGAAUGCAGGCGCGCCCCCGCGGGGGUCCUUCCAACCGAUCCUGAUGAACGGGCGGGAAGUGUUUAAGUUUGCGGUGAAAGCGGUGCCGCAAACGGUCUCUGCGUCGCUCGAGGAGGCGGGCCUGCUGACGGACGACAUCGACUGGCUAGUAUUGCACCAGGCCAACCAGCGCAUACUGGAUGCCGUCGCCGAGCGCUUCCACAUUCCGCACGAAAAGGUCAUCUCAAACCUAGCCAACUACGGCAACACCAGCGCGGCUUCCAUCCCUCUAGCUUUGGACGAAGCCGUUCGGGGUGGGAAAAUCAAACCCGGUGACGUGAUUGCAUCGGCAGGGUUUGGAGCCGGGUUGACGUGGGCGUCGGCGAUCUUUACAUGGGGUUGAAAGUUGCAGCCGGUCAGCGUUGGAUGACCAGCCCUCUUAAGCAGACUAUCUGACAUGCUUCAGAGGACUAGCUUCCGUUCCACCCUCGGGGGUGCAUGUUGAUUCUUUGGGAGAGGCAGUUGAGCAAGAUUACCAUCCCGUUGAGCUAUUCUCGAUGGGACAGCUAUAUAACAGACUAUUUGACGUGGUCCUUGAUUUUGUCGAAGUUUUAACAGCGCAUGAGGCUUGGCGAGCAUAGGUAGACAGCCAUCCGAAUUGUACAUUGCGCAAGGGCAGCUGACCAUCUCAACGACAAGCUUAGCAAGCAAGCUCGACCUGCCUCUUCGGUGUGGUGGGAGGUCAUUAUGCAUGCAGGCAGUGAUUGCCCGGCUAGCUACCUUUGACCGGAAUACAAAUUUACCCUCUCGAUUUGAGUUCAGGCGUAGGCAACCUUGCAAUCGCCGCUCAGUUGUGGACCGGCCUGCUCCCGCUAUCGAUUGCUAGGACGUUAUUAUUGAUGCAUGGCACGUUGAGCG